GCGGGGCCAUGGUCGUGGCCCCCUGACGGGCCGCGGCCGCCUCCAUGAAGCGGAAGAACGAGCGGCGGCAGAACUGGGCCGCCGCGCCCCCCUGCUCGCGGCGCUCCUCGUCCACCGCGCCCGGCGUGAAGAAGAGCCGCAGCUCCACGUCGCAGGAGCUGUCCCGCCUGGACCCGCAGGACAACCUGUAUCUGGACAUCACCGAUCGCCUUUGUUUUGCCAUUCUCUACAGCAGACCAAAGAGUGCCGCAAGCGAACAUUAUUUCAGCAUAGAUAAUGAACUUGAAUAUGAGAAUUUCUACGCAGAUUUUGGACCACUCAAUCUGGCAAUGGUUUACAGAUACUGUUGCAAGUUAAAUAAGAAGCUCAAGUCCAUUACAAUGAUAAGGAAGAAAAUUAUUCAUUUCACUGGCUCUGAUCAGAGAAAACAAGCAAAUGCUGCUUUCCUUAUGGGCUGUUAUAUGGUUAUAUAUUUGGGGAGGACUCCAGAAGAAGCAUACAGAAUAUUAAUCCUUGGAGAUACAUCCUAUAUUCCUUUCAGAGAUGCUGCCUAUGGAAGUUGCAGUUUGUACAUUACACUUCUCGACUGUUUUUAUGCGAUACAGAAGGCAAUGCAGUAUGGCUUCUUUAACUUCAACUCAUUCAACCUGGAUGAAUAUGAAUACUAUGAAAAAGCAGAAAAUGGAGAUUUCAAUUGGAUAAUACCAGACCGAUUUCUUGCCUUCUGUGGACCUCAUUCAAGAUCCAGACUUGAAAAUGGCUACCACCAACAUUCUCCUGAGACUUAUAUUCCAUAUUUUAAGAGACACAAUAUUACUACCAUUAUCCGUCUGAAUAAAAAGAUGUAUGAUGCCAAACGCUUUAUGGAUGCCGGCUUUGAUCACCAUGACCUCUUCUUUGCGGAUGGCACCACCCCUACUGAAGACAUCGUCAGUGAAUUUCUGGAUAUUUGUGAAAAUGCUCAAGGUGCCAUUGCAGUACAUUGUAAAGCUGGCCUUGGUCGGACAGGCACACUGAUAUCGUGCUACAUCAUGAAGCAUUACAGGAUGACGGCAGCGGAGACCAUUGCCUGGGUGAGGAUCUGUAGACCAGGCUCGGUCAUUGGGCCUCAGCAGCAGUUUUUGGUCAUGAAACAAACAAGCCUCUGGCUGGAGGGUGAAUAUUUUCAUCAAAAAUUGAGGGAGCAAGAGAAUGGACCACACGGAGCAGCCUUCUCCAAACUCCUGUCGGGUGUUGAUGACAUUUCAAUAAGUGGAGUCGAGAACCAAGACAAGCAAGACUUGGAAGACCCUGAGCCGUACAGUGAUGACGACGAAAUCCAUGGAGUGACACAAGGCGAUAGACUUCGGGUCCUGAAAAGCAGAAGACAAUCAAAAACAAACGCUAAGCCCCUCACAUGCCCGCUAGCUGUGCUGGCCUUGGCACUGUGUAGUGUUGUCCUCUGGUGGAUUGUGUGUACCUACAUUCUUCCCACCCUGCUAUUCUGUCUCGAUGGUUUCAGAGCACAGUAGCCAUCAGGACCUUUGACAGAUAGCUGCUGUUCCAUCCAUUUCAAGGACUAAAACAGUGUUGCGUUAAGUUAAACCCAGUGAGACCAGAAGUGAAGGAAGGAAGGAGCAGGAAACUUCAGCAGGGUUUAGCACAACACCAAACUGCAAAAGCCUUAGUUGCUUCCCACCUAAGAAGUUAAUUCACCGAAGAGAAUGUCCUUGAAGUUUGUCACUCAAGAGUUUGAAGUUUGUCACUCAAGAGUUUGGUCGCCAUCGGACGACUUGAAGGGCUUUCCUUCUUUCUUAGAACUGUGUCAAGUUGAACGGGAAGGAUGCGUGGUGCGUGUUACGUGUGCAUAGUCUCAGGUGUAAAUAUCGCAGCCCUCUGCCAACCAGAGGGCUGCCCCGUCCACGCGGUGCAUGUGUUUUCUGUGAUGGCAAUCACGUCCGCUGCUGGCUUCCGGAAGAACGCCAGGUCUGAUGAAGGGUUCUUACAUAUUUAUUUUUGCCCUGUGACCCCCGUGUCAUAAAGAUGAAGCCAGCACUGCUGAUGUGGCACUCUGUGUUACGGGAUGCUGUUUGGUUGAUUUGUCCUUACUCUCUGUAUGACUAUUGUUAUGGUCACUCCAUAAUGUACCCAAGCUGUUUGCUUCUACCAAAGAGUGCUUUAUUGACAAGAAUCUGUGAAAAAUCACUUAAACCAUAUUGCAUGUUGAAAUACCAAGUGGUACUUGGAUCACCCCAGAUUUGCUAGAGAACAGUUCGUAAUGGAAGCUUUAGCAGACUUUGAAGAGAAGCUGGUAUGCACCUUUGUGAACACUUUGUAGAGUCUUUGUAUUGUUGCUCCCUUCUUCCUACCUUCCCUCCCUCCCCUCCCCCCCCCCUCCUCAGUCUAUGGCCAUUACACAAUCUUCCGUUCUUCCGAAUUCCGGCUGUUCGCAGUAGCAAACGCGUCGAUGCCUUUGGCUAGGGAAUACAACUCUGCAGAGUGCCUUCACCCUUCACCCUCCUGGGACACAGCAAGCCUGUGACGUGAAAACGCAAAAUAACAGUGCGGGCCCAUAAGGAAAGAAGAUUUCACAUCAUUCUUGUUACUUCCAUAAUAAGAGGUAAUGGCUUUACUUGCUGGUAACCAGUUCUUUCCUGUCCUUGUUUAGAGGCUGGAGGGUUUGUAGUAUUCUACCAUAGCCACCCUAAGACAGAUGAAUGUAUCAGAGCAGGCUGCCCUUCUCCCCGUUGCGGCAAACAGGUUGCGUUUAUUAGUGCAGACAGUAGUUCGUGGAACCCCGUUCCAUGAGCCUCGUUUCAGGUUCUCGCCCUGGUUGUUAAGGGAGACAUUGGCUGGUGUUCAGUGGGAAUGAAGACUCCACCCGUGCCAGACAGCAGUGGGAUGGCCCUGGCAUUCAAACCGUGGGGAUUAGAAAACCGUGCUCUUUCUAUUCUGGAAGUGGUAGGAGGAGGAACAUUCCACCUACUGUGCCCAUGCGUGAACCGUACUUGAUUCUCAGGGCAGCUCUUCUGCCCCACGCACGGCAGUCUGCCGGCUAUGUGGCCUGCCCACCUGGCCCCUGCUCAGGCCUGGCCCCUGAGAAUAAGCCACUGGGGUCUCCACGAGGAGUACAACUUUGGGCUUCAUUGGUAAGCACAGUGCUUUUUUUAAAAAAAAAAAAAAUUCAUAAAUUGCCCUUUUUAUGUUGGCUGCUCAAGUUUCUGCUUAGAAUUGCCAUCACUGUGGCUCUUGUAUCCCCAAGGUUAACUAGCUCACCGAAACUACCCACAGGCUUAGUGAAGACAGGUUGUAGGAAGAUGCUUGGGAGGGAACAUAGGGCAGCGGGGAAGAGCUUCCUGGAAGUACGGGAUGGCGCCCCCCCUCAGUCUGAAACCAACCUAACACCCCGAAUCUUGGUUUCUAACUGCAAGUCCUUACUACAGAAGACCUUGUUCCUCUGUAAUAGGAAAUAGGCAUGUCAGAGAGGUUCUUUUAAGGAGAGCCUUAGUUUGCUAUUCCCAGUAGAAUUCAGAUUAAGAGAUGAGUAUUUACAGGUGCCCAUGGAGCUCAUCCAGGGUCAGGGAACGGCUCCUGGAAGUGUGGCAGGGCUAGAGCGCUCUUGCCAGUGGGAAGAGUGGGUGGCCAGCAGUGCCUCAUUCGGGUGGCCUUACCUGUCUGCGUGGCUGCUUCCCAGCCACCUGCUGCUCUGCCUGUCUGCAGAAGUCUUCAGUUCUAGCCUUGAUGCCCUCAGCCUUCCCCACCUGCUGGCCUCACCCCCUCCCACCCCUUCCCAGGGGUGGCUUCUACCUCUUGGCACGGGUCCAGGCAGGUCUCGGGUGAGGCCCUCCCAAGAGUUCCAUGAGGCCAGUGCACUUGUUCAGUGGAGUGGUCUGGGCUUGUGAACCUGCUGCUCCUCUGGGCACUUUGUGCCAGGGGUUCUGGGAGCCGUCCCUUUGGCUUGAAUUCCUGUCCAUGACAAAUGAGCAGUGUACUUAUUUACUGUUUGUCCUGUUGAUAUAUUUUCUGAAACUUGGGGUUGCAUUUUGGAAAGCAUCUCAUCAAAAACAACCUUCAAAAUGCGUUGUAUUUCCUCCAUAACCCUUUUCUAUGAAAUGCCACUGCGCCUCCAUCCCCUGGAUUGGAGCAUUGCUGUGGCAGCACUGCAGAUGUGUCUCCAAGGGUGGACAGCUCGCCUGUGCUGUAGAAAAUCACCUCCUAGUUGCCCAGUAGAAUUAAGUCAGCAGACACUCAUGGGAGCAGAGGACUGCGGUUUUACAUUACUAACUUGCAGACUUUUAUCUAAUGUGCACUCAUGUACAGAUGAUUAAAAGUUUUAAAAUGUAACUGAUUAAUCAGUAUUUGAUCAAUCAUCUUGUUUUUUUAAUUAAAAUGUAUAUUUCUAAUCAUAUUUUUAAAGCUGAAAGAACUGGUUGAAUGUUUAUUUUCCUGAAGGUAUUUUUAAGAUAAAAGCUUCAUAAUGCCUUGUAAACUUUGCAUAUAUGUGUAGUUUGGUAUGUAUUGUUGCAUUUGAAAAUCUUGUGUAACUAGUUUUAUACAAAAUACUGAGUAGUGGAAAUUAUAUAAUUACAAUCAUGUGAUUAAAAGUAUUAAACAGCC